UUUCGCUGCAUGUCAGAAAGGGUUAUUGAGAGCAUUUUUAUUUUACAGUUCAUUUUUUCCCGAUAGGUUACUCGUAUUUAAUAUAUUCAUUUCAUUCUUGCAUCCUGGUGCUAGAUUUCUAAUUUAUGAGAGCCAAGACGGACAGAGCCGAGACGACCUGGAAUUGUCUCAACUUGGUGGAGGGUUGCAGCGCCAUCUAAGGUUUUCAGUUCAUUCAAGCCCUUUCCUUGUAGUAUUGCAUUACGAUAAUGGUGCUUGGGGCCUUUAGGGUUGAAAAGGACAGGCCAGGAUCGACACAUCCCGAGCGUCGCAUUGAUGAACGUGACCAUUUGCUGGAGGGGCCUCGUGCAGAGAUAAAAACCGAUUUGACCGACGAUUAUAGUCGUCACAACAUCUUCGACAUCACACGAGCCCGAUGUGGCUGGCUCGUCACUUUUUGUUUAGGCCUGCUGAUGUCGGCCCUCAUCGUGCAGCGCUUUGAGGACUUACUGGAACACCACGUGCAGUUAAGUUUCUUCGUGCCGCUCAUCAUGGGCCACGGGGGGAAUACGGGCAGCCAGACAGUCUCCACCAUUAUCAGGUCGUUGGCGUUGCGGCAGAUCGGUCAACGUGACUUGCUGCGGACCGUUGGGAAGGAGGCCUUGGCGGGAGCCCUCAUGGGUGGCCUGCUUGGCGCCCUGAUCCUGCUGCUGUCCCUCAUGUGGCCCCACCUGGGCCCGGGGGUGGGUCUCACGGUUGGCGUGGCGUUACCCAUUAUCUCGAUGUGGGCGAAUGCGGUGGGCGCGUUCCUAACCCUCCUGGCAGACCGCUUUAAGAUGGACCCCGCUGUGACUAGUGUCCCGCUAAUGACCACCAUUGUGGACGCCACCGGUUUGAUCAUUUACUUUUACAUUGCCGAGCUGUUCCUAGAUGUCAGCUUGCAAGCGGAUUCAGCGCACGCGGCAGCCGCCGCCGCUACAUCUGGCCAAGCGUCUCCGUCAGCGACAGUGACGGCGACAGUUGUGGCGACAGCUGCGGCGGCGAAUGCGGGUGCCGCCAAGGAGGCAGGGCGGUUGUUCACUGAUGCCGUUAAGAAGCUGCUCUCGCCGCCGCCUGCUAAGACCGGCCGCGCAUCCGGGGGCUCGAAGGGUCGACGGGCUCUGGGGUUGGGCUGGCUGGUCGGGGCGUUGGCUCCAGGGCGGCCGUAA